CUCUCUCUCUCUCUCUCUCUCUCUCUCUCUCUCUCUCUCAGACUGGGGAGGGGGGCUCUUGGCCACUCUAUGGAGCUGAUACAGUCGACAACUACUUCCUCAAGAGUCGUAUGCUUUUUCAUCUCCCAUAAAGAAAAGACUUUUAAAGGUAAAAGGGGAACAAAGAGCUUCACCAUUGAGAUAAUUUCCUUUUAACUACUCCAGAAUCAUAUUAUUGAUGAGCACACUUCGGGGGACGGCUGUGGUUCAGAUUUAUAAAAUUCUGUAUUUGGUGAAGAUCAGCAGCUUGGAGAAGUAUAUUGAAAACUGAAGUAUUUGUGGCUUUGUGUAUUUUAGUCAAAAUGUGACUAGGCACUGCAAAAGGGUUUUUUGGUCUUUAUUUUAAGAAUAAAGCUGUGGGAUUUACUGGUGUUUAACGACCUUGUGGGGUGUUGAUAUUAAUUUUUUCUUGACAUUUACCAUCUUAUGGGACAAAUUCAGGACUUCAGCUUGAAUUAUUAGUUUUUAGUUCAAUAUUUGUGUUUGUCAGAGUUCCUAAUGGAGAGAAAAUUAGGAAUAAGUUUAUUUUAAAUUUUAGUAAGUAGUGAAUAAGUUGAUUAAAAUUAUAAAACGUUGAUAAAGAUAUUUACUUCUUUUUUUUUUUUUUUUUUUUUUUUUUUCUCCCUGGUAUCUCAGCAUACCAGAAUACUUAUCCUAAAAUUGUGCUGGUUUUACUUUAGUGUUUCAGAUGGUAAAUUUUAAUGGACAGGGUUGGGAACAGGAAAGUGCACAAUACCCACUCCCUCCCCAGCUCUCACUUUGUUCAGUUCCCAAGUUCUUGUCAUUUAGUUCAGCUCCAUGACUGUAAUUGAGUACCUACAAAAUUAAAAUAUUAAUAUGAAAUUGGGAGUUCCUGGUUUUUUGAUCAAAGGUUUAAUUAUAGUAAUUGAGAAAGGGGACAAAGAGGAAGAUCCUGGUACCAAUUCCCCUUCCUCCUUUUUCUUAGAUGUUGAAAACUUAUUUGUAGAGUGGAACAGAGGGGGCAGAGGUCAGCUAGUUUAAGAGUAGGUCUGGCCUAGGGUUAGGUGAGGUCCUAAGCCCAUGUCGCCUCCCACAUAGAGAGAGUAGGUCUGAGAAGCUUGAAGGGAAGUUUGACUGGAGUUAGAGAGGAGCAGGAACAACGUAGGGGUUUUAAAAUAUCCCUUUUUUCCCUCUAACUGCCUGGAUUAGGAAAUUGAAUUUCAUAGGAUUUUCAUUAUUUGGCCUUAAUAUAUUAAACAAGCAAGUUUAUAUAACUGCCCAUUGUUAAGUCUUUUCUAUUUUCAACCAAUCAUAAAGUCCUGUUAAAUAUAACUUGAUGUAAUUUACCAGUGUAGUUUAUCCAGUCUCAUGUUCCUGGUGUUUCCAACAAAGACAGUUUUUUGUUGCAUCUUAUCUGGACUAAUAAUUUCAUUGGACACCAAUGUUUUUUAAGAGCCUUGAGUUCUCAAACAGAAGAUACCAUAACUUGAAGGAGUAGAUUAAUAUAGGGAAAUCUCACUUGGCUUAAAACUCCCCCAAAAGAUAACCAAGCAUAACAAAACAAGUUUUUCAACAUUUUUCAGCAGAUUAAACAUGUUAAAAAGACUUCAUAGGAAACAAUACAUUUGAUGCUUGAUUGUCUUUAAUAACUGUGUCAGAUUUUAAAAUUGAGACUGAUACUCACAUCAUAAAGAAAAAAUGUUACUAAUGUUGGUUUAAGCAAAAUCAUAAAGUAAAUCUUAAAAGCCAGAUGUCAUUUUCCCCUGAUUUUCUUGUGUUGUGGGUAAUCUGUUAUUUUUAUACAUUUCUUUCAUUUAGAUAGAUAAAGGGUUGGCUUUAUGAAGGAAGGGUGUUGAAAGCUGGCUGAAGUAAAAAAAAUCAGGGUUAUACUUUAAGAAGAGGUCAUUCUCUUACACUGACUGAGAUAGGCGGUUAGAAAUUUAAGCAGAUACAGGACUUGGAAAAACCAAGUGUGGUUCAAAAGGAGAAUCUAAGGCAGAUUACUGAGGACAAGCGUGUGUGUGUGUGUGUGUGUGUGUGUGUGUGUGUGUGUGUGUGUGUCUGUCUGUCUGUCUGUCUGUCUGUCUGUGCACGCGCACAUAUGGGUAUGCAUAUGCUAGGGGUAUGACCAAUACAGGAGGAAACAGGAUACCUCUUGGGAUGAAAGGAAAGAGGUAUAAGUGGAAUUUACCCCUUGGUACUUCAACAAGUGGAGAAUAAUAAUUUGUCAUCUCUUUCCUGAUCUAUGUUAGUUAAUUAUGUAGGCCUCUUGUCACCAAAAAGUCAGGUUUCUAUUUUUUGUGGGAUAUAUAUAUAUAUAUAUAUAUAUAUAUAUAUAUACACAUAUACAUACACACAAUCUAGGGGUGAGAUGAUGGAUUAUUGUGAUCAUAUAACUAUAUGUAAACGUAAAACUUAAUCACCGGAGUUAAGUUUAAAGUAGAAGGAUCCAUGUUACAGUUUCAUGACCCAUUUUGAUUCAGGAUGGAUAAAUCAUAAGAUGUUCAAAUUAUUAACUAAAUUUCCAAAUUGACUCACAUGCAAUCAAGAAAAAAACGUGUAUUAAAGACAUACUAUUUCUCCUGUUUUAUUUAUUCAUCUAUUUUUGAAGCAGAGUCUCACUUUGUAGCUCUGGCUUAGCUGGAACUCACACUGUUUAGUUCUGGCUGGCAUCAAACUCAUAGAGAUCUGUCUGCCUCUGCAUUCCACAAUGCCAGGCUUAAAGGUGUGCACCACCAUGCCCCAGGAUAACGCAUCCUAUUAACACGGAUACUAAAAGUUUUGGACACAGGUCUGUACUCUCAAGGGGUGAAAGGUUGUAAGAAUUUUACGGUGUGUGUGCAUGCUUGCAAAGAUAAAGAUUAACAGUUCUUGGACAGCAGUGAGGACCAGAUUCACUGUGUAAGGAGAAAAGAAAUUAGAAGGUUCAAAGAUGUAGUUGAGAGAUAACAGAAUUUGACUGACCUUGACCUUAAAGGACGGCUAUGCAUACUGUGUAUUGAUGAAGGGAAACUAGGGAGGUCGAAGAGAAACUGUUUAUCCUUUUGCUUUUUCAGCAAAUUUAUGACUGAAAGCUGUCAACCGAAAAUAAAGUUUUGCUUAUCAACUAAAUUUAUAGUCUGAUAAGAAAAGACAAGAGCACCACCACGAUAAAGACAAUAAGUGCCAUAAACAAGUAAAUAGUGCUUGGAAAAGUCCUGUCAGAUGAUUGGGAAUAACACAAAGAUCAAGGAGGUUAUAGAGCGUUCCAGUUACUUGUCUAUUGUUAUUCCAAUUAAUUAAUUGAGGCAGGGUCAUGUGUAUCCCAAGCUAUGAUGACACUUCUGACCCCCCCCCCCCACCUCCUAAGAGCUGGGAUUUCAAGCCUGUAUCUGUACUCUGGGAGGUACUAGACAGUGAGCCCAGGGUUCAAACAUGUUAGGCGAGUAUUAAUCGAGGUCCAUGUUCAUCCCCAUCUCAGUUAUUCUGAAUAACUUAUUUUGAUUAUGAUAUUCUAAUGAUUUUUUUUAAAAGAGAUGGUCUCAUACAGCUUAGGGUGGUCUAACACUCAGUAUGUAUCAUAGGUUGGUCUUGAACUUGUGAACCUGCUGCCUGUACCUUUAAAGUACUAGAUUACAGAUGUUGCCCCCAUGCCUUUUUAAAAAUUUUUCUCUUUUCUAAAAGAUAGUGUCACAAUACUUUAACUUAAACACUGCCACUAACCUGAUUUGUGUGCUAUGGAAAUAAGUGUCUAGAAUUUCUGUAUGAGAGUGAUCGUUGAUAGCACAGUUUAUAGGAAAGGGUACACCAUAUAUGUUGUGAUAUAGCAAGAUGAUUAAUUUUAAAUAUGUUCCUUUCCCCUCCUUCACAUUUAUGGUGAUCCGUGCAGAGAGGUGGUGCUAUUUGUUAUCUGCAUUAUAUGUCAGCUUUGGUUGUCAGUCCAGUGUAAAGCUGUUGGAGAGAGGGCGCAAAGGUAAUGGAUGACGUAAUACCCUGGCUGCCCCGAAGCAUCUUUUGUUGUGGAAUGGUUAUUCCUGUCCUCUCUGUAUGAAUCCACUGUGAGGGGCUGCUUUGUGGACGGAAUCCUUUGCAAGAGCACAUCAGCAGGAAAGAGAAAGAGACAUUCAGUUGGAGGCUCUUGCUGAAAUGGAUUUAACUCUCCUUUCCACAGCCACCACUAGCCUGACCUCAUACAUUUCUAGUACAAUGGAGUGGCUGAGCCUUUGAGCACAGCCCCAUUACAUCAUCGUGGCAAAUUAAAGAACUAGGUGGGGAAAGAGGACUUACUGUUGUCAUGGCCCAUGAGAUGACUGGAACUCAAAUUGUUACUGAGAGGUUGGUGGCUCUGUUGGAAAGCGGCACCGAGAAAGUGCUGCUAAUUGACAGCCGGCCAUUUGUGGAGUACAAUACGUCCCACAUUCUGGAAGCCAUCAAUAUCAACUGCUCCAAACUGAUGAAGCGAAGGCUGCAACAAGACAAAGUAUUAAUUACAGAACUCAUCCAGCAUUCUGCAAAACAUAAGGUUGACAUUGACUGCAGUCAGAAGGUGGUAGUGUAUGAUCAGAGUUCCCAGGAUGUUGGUUCUCUGUCGUCAGACUGCUUUCUCACUGUGCUUCUGGGUAAGCUGGAGAAGAGCUUCAACUCUGUUCACCUGCUUGCAGGUGGGUUUGCUGAGUUCUCUCGUUGUUUCCCUGGCCUCUGUGAAGGAAAAUCCACUCUAGUCCCUACCUGCAUAUCUCAGCCUUGCCUACCUGUUGCCAACACUGGGCCAACUCGAAUUCUUCCCAAUCUCUAUCUCGGCUGCCAGCGAGAUGUCCUCAACAAGGAGCUGAUGCAACAGAACGGGAUUGGCUAUGUGCUAAAUGCCAGCAACACCUGUCCAAAGCCUGACUUCAUACCCGAAUCUCACUUCCUGCGAGUGCCUGUGAAUGACAGCUUUUGUGAGAAAAUCCUGCCCUGGUUGGACAAGUCUGUGGAUUUCAUUGAGAAAGCAAAAGCCUCCAACGGCUGUGUGCUGAUCCACUGCUUGGCUGGGAUCUCCCGCUCGGCCACCAUUGCUAUUGCCUAUAUCAUGAAGAGGAUGGACAUGUCUCUGGAUGAGGCUUACAGAUUUGUGAAAGAAAAAAGACCUACUAUAUCUCCGAACUUUAAUUUUAUGGGCCAACUCAUGGACUAUGAGAAGACGAUUAGUAGCCAGACUGGAAUGUCCGGGCCGAAGAGCAAACUCAAGCUGCUGCACCUGGACAAAGCCAGUGAGCCUGUGCCUGCAGCCUCAGAGGGCGGACGGAAGAAUGCACUGUCUCUCAGCCCACCCUGUGCCAACUCUACCUCAGAGGCAGUGGGGCAAAGGCUUGUGCAUCCUGCAAGUGUGCCCAGCUUACAGCCUUCCCUCUUGGAGGACAGUCCGCUGGUACAGGCGCUCAGUGGGCUCCAGCUGUCCUCAGAGAAGCUGGAAGACAGCAACAGGCUCAAGCGUUCCUUCUCUCUCGAUAUCAAGUCUGUUUCGUAUUCAGCCAGUGUGGCAGCGUCCUUACACGGCUUCUCGUCAGAGGAUGCUAUGGAGUACUACAAACCUUCCGCCACACUGGAUGGGACCAGCAAGCUCUGCCAGUUCUCCCCCGUUCAGGAGGUAUCAGAACAGACUCCAGAGACCAGCCCCGAUAAGGAGGAGGCCCACAUCCCCAGGCAGCCCCAAGCUACCAGACCUUCAGAGAGCCAGACCACACGGCUGCACUCAGUGAGAACCAGCAGUACUGGGUCUACCCAGAGGCCCUUCUUCUCGCCACUGCAUCGGAGCGGGAGUGUGGAGGACAACUACCACACCAACUUCCUUUUUGGCCUUUCCACCAGCCAGCAGCACCUCACCAAGUCUGCUGCAGGGCUUGGCCUCAAGGGCUGGCACUCAGACAUUCUGCCUCCCCAGUCCUCUGCCCCUUCCCUGACCAGCGGUUGGUAUUUUGCUACAGAGCCUUCACACUUCUACUCUGCUUCAGCCAUCUAUGGAGGCAACGCCAGUUACUCUGCCUACAGCUGUAGCCAGCUGCCCACUUGCAGUGACCAAAUCUAUUCUGUUCGUAGGCGGCAGAAGCCUAGUGACAGAGCUGACUCACGGCGGAGCUGGCAUGAAGAGAGCCCCUUUGAGAAGCAGUUUAAACGCAGGAGCUGCCAAAUGGAAUUUGGAGAGAGCAUUAUGUCAGAGAACAGGUCGAGGGAAGAACUGGGCAAAGUGGGGAGCCAAUCUAGCUUUUCAGGAAGCAUGGAGGUCAUUGAGGUCUCUUGAGAAGACCGCGUAACUUCUGUUGACAGUUUUGUUUCCUGUUCACAAAAAAAUAUUCCCUGUAAAUCUGAAAUAUGUAUAUGUACAUACAUAUAUAUUUUUGGAAUAUAGAGCUAUGGUAUAAAAGCAACAGAUGGAUCAACACAGUUGUUCUCUCAGCACUGCACUGAGAAUGGCUAGUUCUCUCAGAAGAGGAAGGGUAGAUGUUAGAAUUCUCCCAGCCAGAGAAGAGAUUUUGUUCAGUGAAUUGCACAUCUUCUUGUUCCUACAAAAGCAAGGGUUUUGUUUGUUUGUUUGUUGUUUGUUUGUUUUUAAUGUUAGAGGGCAAAAUCCCUCCCAUUUUCAUGUGCAACAAGAGGUCUCAGAACUCAUCUCUGUCCAGGCCCUUCCCUAGUGCACCUUAGCGCUAAGACUGAGCCAGCUGUGGGUCAGGUGGGAAGACCCUCCUAGGGACAGAUCCUAACGGUAAAUCCAAGGGAAAUGACCCCGUCCAAAGCUGAGCAAUCAACCCAAGCUCCAUCGACAGCUGAUGGAUACGGAAUCGUUCUGCGGGAUGAACUGUUAGGAGCCUUGUCUAGAUCUACUUAUAGCCAGGCCAGUACCUCAGACAAGACAUUUGGGGCCAUCACCACUACCAUGUCUAGUCGAUCAUUUUCUAGGCAUUGUGAAUAAGUAGGUAACUUGUCACUUUCCAGACAAAUGCAUACUGUCUAUGCACAAAAUCCCAGUGGGCCUGUUGCCCAUGUACCCCUCCUGUCAGCUUGAAUGAAGUGGGGAAACCAACUAGAGUUUUUAACUUAGCCAGAGACUGGGCAGUCAGACAGCUUAGAGACUUAAGCCAGGGAUGGAGCACUAAGAGUCUCCCCCCUCCUCCUCCUCCUCCUCCUCCUCCUCCUCCUCCUCCUCCUCCUCAUAAUUUAAGAAUUAUUUAAAGUGGGAUGGUUCAUUCUUCAGUUGACCAGACUUGGUUUAGAGAGAAACAUGAAUCACUGGGCUUGGUAGUGGAGUGGCAGAACCUUCAGGCUCUCGGCCAAAACAGGCUUUCACUUCUGUCUCCCUCAUGGAAUAAAAAUAUGGGAAGACUUGGGAAGGUGCACUGUGAAGUAGGCAAUGGAUUUCCUGGGCUUUUUUCUCUAUGGUAUGCAACAAGGGUAAUAUUUCUAGAAUCCUCUUCGACUUCCAAACUUUGCAUGGGCAUUGGUAAGCAAGAACCAGUCAGAAUAGAACACACUAGAAAGGUUAAGAAGGGGCUGUUGAUUUUGGUUAGUCUUGAUACAGGAAAGCUCUUCUCCAGAGCUACCCAGCAUGCUUCCUGAGGAAAGGACACAUCAGAGAAGAGGUACCCAGUGGCUUCCUGGUCCCUGGCACACAAUCUCUAUAGACGCAAUCCUGGCAGCUGAGAACAGGAGGUGAUAGGAACAGGUGUGUACAUGACAGUACGUAGCUGCCUUUCAACUUCCUGGCUUGAGCUGUAUCCUCCAGAUACAGCCUCCUUAAGGCCUUAAUUCACUCACGUCAGCAGGGUGUGGGAGUGGGUAGAUGUUGUCAUUGUUCUUUACUGUAAGUGUAGCUAGGGGCUGACUCAUAUCUCAGGUUUUCUAUGUCAGUGAAUGGAUGGUCCUUUGACUAGGAUCUGACUUAAUGUUCCUAUGGUGAUUGUAAAACCAGCAUAGAAUGGCGUGGCUCAAAGCUGACGGGCUGGACCAUGAUGAGCACUGUGAGCCUCGUGGGCAUACUGGCUCUGGACAGAUAAGCUAUGUGUGGGCCUGAGAUGAACGCAGAGCAGAGACUGCACAGAGAGCACGGGCCACUCCAAGACACUGGUCAGCAGCCUGUGAUUAGAUUCUCAGAGCCUCACAGUAAAUUUGAUCCAUUGUGUACACACACUCAGUACGUAAGAACCCACCUUCUUAAAAUCUGGUCACACCAGUGAGACAGUUCCAGAAUGAAGCAGCAGCUCCAACAGUACGUCUGUUCUGGGAAGACUGGGGAUUUGGCUUCAGUGUCUUUGGGCAGUACAUUGCCUAAUGCCAUACGUCAUGUAGGGAGGUGCUCUCUGGGCUGUGGUUCCUUCCGUGUAGCGUAGUCAUACACUACAGCUGUCAGUCCACCAUCACUAAUGUCCUAUCAGUUCUUGGAAUCACAACUACCAUGUUGAAAGGGCUGCCCCUAGGCACAUUGUGGGUAGUGUGGUGGUUAGGUUUCCUCAUGUAAGCACAGGGAAGCCUGAAGUCUCCUGGGACAAUGCAAAAUGGUGAUUUUAAUGAGCAAAACUAGACUCUGUGAGAAAUGCUGGAAACUGUUUAGACCAGUUAUAAAGUUAGAGAGGAAAGACUGUAUAAAUGUUUAAUAUGAAUAUAGUGUUCUUGGAGUAAGGCAAGCUGUUGAAUGGUUCACUUGUGCAUUUCUCAUUUUGAAGUGUCAUGUAUGUUAAUACGAUGAAAUAAAAUCAAAACUGGUACCUGUUUAUA